AUGGUAUCCUCAUCUCUCCUCCUUCUAUCCUUCCUUUCAACGACAUUCGCAGCAAACGAUAAAUCUCAAUGGGAACAAGGAACCAUAACCAUCCCCUCUUCGACAGUAAUCUCCAUCGGAUUGGGUUUCCUGGCAUUUUCGCUCUUCAUCUUAUUAUUCCUACUUUCAUUCAGGGUUAAUCGAAUACGCAAACUAGCCAGGAGGCAGAACAAGUCUUUCAAGAGAUGUUGGAAAGACGAAGGUGGACUGUGGAGUUUCUUCACCAGUUUCGGCGAGGGGGAUGGCCAUGCAGCUUCAAGUGCGUUGAUUGGUGCGACGGGUAGGGGGCUAGAUUAUAAUCGACAACUGUAUAGGAUAUAUAGAGAGCUGGAAGGUGAUAGUGAUAAUACCAAGGCGAAGGAGAUACCGAAAAUGUGGGAUUGUAAGUGGAACGAGAAGGUGGACGAGGACCAGGAUUUGGGAGAUGAUAAGAUACAGCCUCUCUCAGUGACCCCCUCUUCUUCACCCCCAUCAGAUACAUCUAAGACUUACCCACCAUUGCCCACACUAGACAUGUGUGUUCUAAUAACAUUCCCAAGCGAAUCAACAAAUCAGGAAGAUUUAGAUCUACCACAAUUGAUAAUAGGUACCACCACUUUGUUACCCACCAUCACAAUACCAGAUAAGGUGGAACCGCAAUCGGAUUUUGGUCUAUCAAACAGUAUCGUCAGGAGUAGUGAGAAAGAAGCGCUGCAAGCGGGACAGAUCACGAAGAAAUUGGUGAUUGAACAUAUAGAGUAUUCACGUAUGAGGGCAGAAUGGAAGAAAGAUGAUAGUGAGGGUGUAUGGUAUAUCGAUGGAUUGAGAUCGGAAUGA